UGUUUUUGCCGGAAGCGUGGUGAUUCUGAACUUUUGCUCCACAUCACGUGACUAGUGCACAGCUGUGUGUGGCAUCCUGACGAAAGGCCAAAAAUAAUAUUAGCGAAAAAACGACAUUCUCAUCGCCAGAGUUGGGCGACGAUUUCUCGUCACAACCUUCGAAGGAACUCAUCUCGUCGAAGGAAGCUUUAACUUCAAAAAGCACGAUCUUCGUCAGUCUGAUAAAAAAAUGCCAUCGCUUCAAAUCCUGUGCCUGCUGUCAAUUUGGGCAACAAGUACAGCUUUAACAUCUUCCACUGGAUCAGAGUUUGUGGCUGCAGUAUAUGAGCAUGCCUUUGUCAGGGCCCAAAAUAGAACAAACGUCCUCUCCCAGCAAGAAGCUGUGGCAAUCGUCAUGCAGAACAUGGAUGUGUACGCGACCCAGAUGAAAAAAGCUAAACAGCAGAAUGCAAGUAUUAUUGUCUUUCCUGAAUAUGGCCUAACAGGCUUUGGCUACACUCGUGAUUCAUUUCAGCCAUUUUUAGAAGACAUCCCAGAUCCAAAGAAGACCAGUUGGAAUGCUUGUGAAGAGCCAAAAGCAAACAGCUCCAGUCCUAUUCUAUACCGCCUCAGUUGUCUGGCAAAAACCUAUGAUAUGUACCUUGUAGUGAAUAUGGGAGAUGUUAAGCCAUGCAAUAAAAGCACUGAUGAAAAUUGCCCCAGUGAUGGAAGAUACCAAUAUAAUACUAAUGUAGUAUUUGAUGACAAAGGCAAACUUGUGGCCAGAUAUCAUAAGCAGCAUCCUUUUUUGAAUGAAAUGAAAGUGGUUAAUCGUCCUCUUACACCUGAGUUCAUUACCUUUGACACACCCUUUGGUAAAUUUGGAACAUUUGUCUGUUUUGAUGCGCUCUUUCACGAUCCAGCAAUACCACUGGUGACCAAACACAAAGUUGACCAUAUUGUCUUUCCUACAGCAUGGUUUGAUGUGGUGCCUCUUUUUGCAGCCAUUGGAUUCCAUGGGUCAUGGGCCCGGGGAAUGCAGGUCAACUUUCUCUCUGCAAACUCGCACGUACCAGAGGUAUUAAACACUGGGAGUGGACUCUACAGCCCCACUGGUGCUAAAAAGUACUAUAGAAGCUUGACUGUCAAUGGUUCCUUAUCUGUUGCCACCUUGCCCAAAUCACCAAGGGACAGACCUUCAGGUACUCCAGUGGUGAAUGCUACAAAGAUACAAGAAGGCAAUGCUGGUCAAGACUCAUUCUACUCGGACUUGUUCGGCGAUCUCUUUCUUUUCAAAGAGCUGAAGAAACCUGAAGGCACCUUGGAUGUGUGUUACAAUGGCAGUAGCAUUUGUUGUUCCCUUACCUAUGAGAUGGUGGAGAAACGCUCUGAUGAAAUGUAUGCGUUAGGUGUCUUUGAUGGACUUCACAUCCUAGAGGGACAAUAUUAUUUACAAAUAUGCACUCUUAUCAAGUGUCUGGGAUUGAACCGUAAUUCUUGUGGGCAGAGAGUAUACAAUGCAAGUACCAUUUUCAAGUCCUUCACACUGCAUGGUUCACUUGGUACACAGUAUAUCUAUCCACAGGUGUUAGCUGAUGGUGUAUCACUUCUGCCAGGAGAAUGGGACCACGGUGUACCUGUGACACAUUUGCAGACCAAGCAGCAGCUGACAAAAGGGUUGUUGACUGCGGCCCUUUUUGGACGCGUGUAUGAAUUGGAUGAUGGCCCCAGACCAACCUCACAUCCUAGUGUGGAAUCAUCUGCACCAACCACACAUCCUAGUGUGGAAUCAUCUGCACCACAGAUCUGCAUCCAUGUUUUUUUUGUUGGCCUGUUGUCAGUGAUUGCAUAUUUUUGUGUUGAGAAGGAAUAAAAGUUGUAAUAAUUAUUAACAUGUGACCUCCCCCUGAAAU